AAAUGAGCAAGAAUCAACUAUUUUAUUAUGUUUAACAAAUAUAAAGAAUUUCAGAACCAGGACAUUCAACCUGAAUCAUUCAGCAAAUUUCGGGUCAAAUAAGGCUUGUCCCUGAUUGCUUUUGUUUCUCUGUGGCGUAAUGGAUUAAGUUUGAUCCAAAAUGAAUUCUGUUUCCGGUUCGAGUUUCACAAGAGCUUUAAUCUUUUUUUUUCCUUUGGAUGUUAAUUUUUAGCGAGUCCUUUUCAGCGAGCAGAAGCUAUAGAUACUGAAACUGUUGAAGAAUGUCGUCCCCCAAACCAAAAAUAUCUCAGGAACAGCUCCAGAUUGAAUACGAGAGGUUUCAAGAUACUAUAAAGUCGAUCAACGAGAAAAUCACAGAGCUAAAAAAUGACUAUGAUGAGCACAAGAUUGUUGUAGCUACUUUGAAAGGCGUGCCUGCUGACAGGAAAUGCUUUAGAAUGAUAAGUGGAGUUAUUGUUAAAAAGACUACAAGAGAAGUUAUUCCAGUAUUAGAAACCAAGAUAGAGAGCAUGGUUGGGGCUUUGGACACAUUAUCUAAAGAAUUGGUGAAAACCCACCAGGAAUUUGAAAAAUGGAAAAAAAACACUGGUGUUAAAAUUGUUUCUACUGCUUAAAAUCUAUCUAUAUGGUUUUUGAGGUUGAUUGCAUCUAUGAACGUUAUUUGGUGAGCUAAUUACCCAUCAAAAUUUUUAAUUUGUUCCUCA